AUGGGUAUAGCAAUCCCAGAAGCCAUGUAUUUCAAAACCAGUGUUGGAUGCACAGGGCAGCUUCAGGGUGGUAGGAGUCCCAAAAGGGCUUGCAAGACACAACGGGGCUCGGGCUCCAGCGCAGUAACACUCUGGAAACACCUCCAGGCCCCACGGAGUCUGCGCGGCGGGGCGUCAGGCAGGUACUCACCGGGCGCCAGUUCGAGUGGUCCCAAGCAAAGCGGCACAGGCGACUGCCAAGCGCGCCUGUCACUAACCCGCCGCAACCCCCGAAGCUCGUUAACCGAGAGGCCCACGGCCCCUUCUCCCGUGCCCCUCCCGGGUGAGAGGCGGCGCAGGGCAGAGGCGGCCAACUUAGGGCUCUGCCCAACCCUGAGCGGACGCAGCGCCCGGCUCCGGCCGGCGUUGGAUGGGGCGGGACUCCGGCGAGCGUGGUUGCGCGCGCGCGCUCCUGCCCAGUCCAGCCCUUUCCCGUCCGGGGCGCGCGCGGCCAGGCCGGCCCCGGCGCGAGCCUGCGGCGCCCCCGUUCGGCUCCCGCUGGUUCGGCCGCCGCGCGCGCCGCCGUGCGCGCCGCCCGCGCUCCUGCAGCGGCGAAGCUGGCAGCCGGGGAGCCAAUUAGCGCUCCGCGAGGCAGCGGCUACUUCCUCGUCUGCCCGGCUGCGCGCUCUGGACAGCUCUGUCGGCCGCGGGGCGGGGCGGGGCACUUCGCCGAGCUGCUCUGCCUGCCUCUGCUCGUCCGGCUUCCCGGGGUGGACGCAGGUCCUUGAAGGCGCACCACUGCAAACCAGACAUAAAGAAACUCUGAGGCGCCCGGAGUGCCGGCUGGAGGGGCAUUCGGUUGGCUUUUCGUGCGUGGUCUUUAGAAUCAGCCGCUCCAGGAAGAGAGAUGUCCAAGCCGCCACCCAAACCGGUCAAACCAGGGCAAGUUAAAGUGUUCAGAGCUCUUUAUACGUUUGAACCCAGAACUGUAAGUAUGCAGUUUUUCACUUUCAAAUUGACAUAAAAACCAAAAGGGAUUUCAUUUAG